AAAAGGGAGACAAUCAAACCAGUGAAAGAGUAGAGCAGUUGAUGUUUGUCUAUAUCAUAUAACCGGCAUCGUUCCUAUUCGAUUUCACGCUAUUUAUUUGAAUUUUCCACCCAACUUUUCCUUGCUCCAUUUUCCCCCCCUCUCCUUUCUCUAACAAAACUGCUCACUAACUCAAACGCUGCCCCCCUUUCAAUUUAAUACACCCAGUGUCGCCCUUAAAAUACUAUCAUCACCAUCCUUGUUUUUUUUUUUUUUUUGUGAAUCUCAUCACCAUCCAUUCACUACAAAAAAAAAUUAAAAAAUUCUAUGCCUUCUUUAAUUUUCAAGAGAAAACAAGAAGGUAUUGAAGGAGUUGUUGUUGUUGUCGUCGUCUGCGAAGAAAGACCACGCAACCGCACGGAGUCAGUAGUAGUUAAAGCAAAUUCCUCACUCCUCCCCGAUUUAGAAAACCCAAACUGAACAACAACAACAACAAAGUUUUCUAGAAACUCGACGAAGCAAAAUUGAGUUACGCUUCCAAUUUGAAGGUGUUGUUGGUGUUGUAUGGUCUCGAGCGUGACCGAGAAUGGACCUGUUACCGGCGCGAUCCGUGGACGAAACAGUGGAGGAGAUAAUGAGGCUGCACCGGUCGCUACCGGCUCGGCCGGGAAUCGAGGAAGUGGAGGCGGCGAGGACUCUAGUCGAGAACGUGGAGCGUGAGGACCAGGCGAAGCUCGAGGCCGUGGCACGUGCAAGGGAGCGCAAGGGCCCGCACGUGCCGGAGGAGCUCUUCGCGGUGUUGCAGGAGAUGCAGAAGAAUGUGGUACUAUUCCAGAGCAAGGAGCAGAGGCGUGAGGCGCUCAAACUCCUCGAUCUCGAAAACGUCCACGUGCUGUUCGACGAAUUGAUCCAGAGAGCUUCCAAUUGCGUCUCCGCGCGCUCCUCUGGUUCGAAGAACUCAGUUUCUAAACGGGAAACUUCUUUUUCCACUGCUUCUGUUUCUGCGUUCAAGAAAGAGCCUGUGAAGAGUUCGGAGAUAUUGUUCACGAGAGAUGAUAGUUAUAUGAAUAAGACCAAACCCAAUUUCUACUCUGAUGGGUAUACAAUUGGGCCCAGUGUCUCAUCCAAACCGCCGAUACUCGAUUCCUCGCUAAUACCAGCGUCCACUUCAGGUGAACAGAGUGGUGAUAAGUUGAGUUUGAUAAAACUGGCUAGCUUAAUUGAAGUUUCUGCGAAGAAAGGUACACGCGAACUCAUACUACAGAACAAGUUGAUGGACCAAGUUGAUUGGCUUCCUGAUUCGAUAGGGAAGUUAUCUAGUUUGAUCAAAUUGGAUUUAUCUGAGAAUCGAAUUAUGGUUCUACCUUCCACGAUCGGAAGCCUUUCUUCCUUGACAAGUUUGGAUUUGCAUUCGAAUAAGAUCGCGGAGCUUCCAGAGUGUGUUGGGGAUCUCUUAAGUCUCGUGUAUCUCAACGUUGGGGGAAACCAGUUAUCAUCAUUACCUGCUUCUUUGGGCAGAUUGGUGCAUCUUGAGGAACUUGAUUUGAGCUCCAACCAGCUUUCAGUGCUUCCUGAUGCCAUAGGGUCUCUUGUAAGCCUAAAAAUACUGAAUGUGGAGACAAAUGACAUAGAAGAAAUUCCGCAUUCAAUUGGUCGUUGUGUUGCACUUAAGGAGCUUUGUGCAGAUUAUAACAGGCUCAAGGCCCUGCCUGAGGCUGUGGGGAAGAUUGAGAGUCUUGAGGUAUUGUCUGUGAGGUACAACAAUGUUAAACAGCUACCUACGACGAUGUCGUCUCUGUCGAACUUGAAGGAGCUGAAUGUGAGUUUCAAUGAGCUUGAGUACGUGCCUGAGAGCCUGUGUUUUGCUACCUCGCUUGUGAAGAUGAACAUAGGGAACAACUUUGCUGACAUGCGAUCCUUGCCGAGGUCCAUUGGGAACCUUGAAAUGCUUGAGGAGUUGGAUAUCAGCAACAAUCAGAUUCGUGUCCUUCCUGACUCUUUUGGGAUGCUCACUCGGUUACGGGUCCUGAAAGUGGAAGAGAAUCCUCUUGAAAUCCCUCCAAGACAUGUAGCUGAAAAGGGAGCACAGGCUGUUGUCAAGUACAUGGCUGAUCUUGUUGAGAAGAAGGAUGUUAAAUCGCAGCCACUUAUUAAGAAGAAAAAGGGUUGGGCUCAUCAUAUGUGCUUCUUUUCAAAGUCAAACAAAAGGAAGCGUGACGGCGUUGAUUUUGUUAAAACCUGAUUAAAUUCAACCAAAGCCAUUCCUGGCAAGCAAAAGAUUCCAUGAGUAAGUGGUUGAGUUAAUUUUCCUGGUCAUUGGUCAAUGCUUGUAAUGCACACAUGGGAGUUGGGUAUUGAUUAUGAAAUAAUUGUAGGUUUCAUAGUUCACCAAUCACCAGUAGCUUUGGUGGCCUUAAUUGACCUAGAAUCAGCACUUGUGGCAAGGCUAGAUUCCAUUAGAGCAAGUAGUGGCAUAGAGUGAAUGCAUUGCAUACUUUUAUAAUAGUUGGUUAUUGGUAAUUGGUAAUUGGGUACCAAAUCAUGCUUUGCUGGCUAAUGUUGUGUGUUUAUGACAGUGAGAUGCAUUUGUUUAUGUAAAAAAGGACAAAGAUAUGUCUGUCAGUCUCUGGUCAACAUUACGACAGAAUGAAUUGGCAUGGGAAUCUUCCUUGGCUGUUGGAAUUUGCUAACUUUGAGUCACAUACUGUAGAUUCCCUAUUCAAUAUUUUUUUCUCCUUUCUAGAACUUAAUUUUUUCAUUUGUAUUUCUGGUAUCUUGAAAAUAGAAACAAGUGUACAUUCAUGAUCCAACCAUUUAAGUCUACUUCCACUCAAUUGUAUGUAUAUCUUCCUGUCACAGUACAACUUCAGUUUUCAAUAGAAUUUAAUAUUCCAUUUUUUA